UAUGACAUGCAACCUUUGCCCGAUAAGUCUUUAUUUUUCCACAAGGACCUGAAGAGGAGGACAAAAACAGGAGUUGAAAGUCAAGUCUAGGAGAAAAACACCUGCUUGGUUAGUUGUCCUUUUUUUGUACAGGUUUUUCUCUCAGGACACAGAGAUGGGCCAUCAGAGCUGCAGCCUCUUUGUGGUGUUUCUUCUUUGUGAGGCUUUUAUCAAAGAAGCACACCCGUCUUCUAAAUUUGAUGUUGGGGUCCACAAAGGCAAUCAGAGACACCUUCUGAUGGACAAAAAAGACUCUAACAGUACAAACAGCACUCUAAAGGAUUCUGACUCAGAUCAGGGCGAAAAGUCCCUGGAGUGGUCUUAUCUGGCUGCAGGACUGGGCACAGUCCUCACCAUCUCGCUCCUCAUUGUGCUGGCUGUCAAGUUCAGCCUCUUUCGUCGCUUCUUGGCUAGCUACAGACAUUCGUUGCUCCAGGAGACCGACGGGGUCAGCCAGUAUGGGCAAGAGGAGGCGUCCUUACCUAACAGCAGGAUGGGCAGAAUGGGAGGGGUUGGAGAGACUCCAGGAGAACUGGAUGAAGAUGAUGGCUUCAUUGAGGAUAACUAUAUCCAGCCCAGUGAAAAAGACAGGGCAGAGAGAGAAAGUAAGGAAGAGGGGGAGGAGGAGUUGGAAGACAGUGAUGAGGAUCUGCAGUUCACUAUUGGGUGAUUACAUAAUGAGGGACUAACAGCUGCAACUAAAAUGAAAUGACACUAUAGAGAACCGUUCUGGCUAAAAUUCAUUGUCUAUAUGCGACUUCUUAUCACAGGCUGUAUAUGGGCUGUGAGCGGGUCCACCAAAGACUGGACUCCCCUCAAAAAGUAUCAUAUCAUUUCAUUUAAAUAAUUGUGAUAGGCCAGUAUAUGUAAACAAAAAAUAUAUUUCUUUUUCUCUGGUCCAAAUAAUCCUUUCACACCGUCUAAGAUUAUCUUGUGACCUCUUGAAUGGAUCCUGACCCAUUUCUUGGGAACUAUAGAAAGUGCACAGCAGAUAAGAUAAAUGUGAAAACUGACUGAGUCAAUUGAUAUCAGUAAUAUAACACCUUGCAGUGUUGAUACCAUGAGUUUUGUUGUGUUUGCUAUUUUCUCAAAAGAUCUUUCUCAAAAUCAAAAUAUUGCCUGUCAGAUAAUUUCUACUUUUCAGAGUGGAACAACUUGACACUUCAUCAGCACCGUUGGAUUUUGAACAUGCAGAAAGUGUAAAAGUAAACUAGUGUGAAGCAUGGAGAGUAUCAGUUUUUGUCAUUUAUUCAUAUAUGUCACUAUUUGAAGAGGUUUCUGAAUUUCUGCAACUACAUUUCUGUUUCAGUCUCAUGCAGCAAAGCUGAAGACUGUGUUGAUCCAAACAUCACAUGAUGGUCAUCUUCUGUUAGGAUACAGAGCGCACAAAA